AUGACUGUGGAAUGGCACGGCCCCAUUUUCCUCGGCGUUGUGCUUGGCUUCUUCAGUCUUACGUUGGCAACUCUUCCCCGGAUUCCGGAAGCUAGAGCAUCAGCCGGCCGAUUUGACGAGCCUCCCAAUUGCGAAGCUGAUGUGUUCAGAGACCUGACACCUUUGGACUCCCGACCUGCAAGACACAGAGGACUUGUGGAUGAUUUAUACGAGACUCUUCUAAAUCUGCAGCCACACCCGUUAUAUCCUCAUGGCGAUCCUGUUCAUGAACGUGGUGACUCCUUAUUCAGACACAACCAUAUCCCGAAUGGGUCGUCGCAAAACGCGCCGUCGGACCCUAGAGGCUCCGGAAGUACUAGACCAUCAUCAAUUGAAGAUGCGAACUCGGUGAUUGGCAAUCAAGCUGUCGAGAAAGUUGAACAUCACUUCAAUAGGCUAAAAAAACCAGAUUCAAUAUCGGGGAAACACUCCAUUGACGAACAAACACGAGAAGCUGAUCAAUCAAUAUUCGAACCAACCCCGAAAUCUCGCCGUCUGUUCAUGAAAGAGUGGGAUGAACUGAAAGACGCAGACAAUAAGGGCUUCAUCUUAAGUGUGAGAAGACUUGGGCUCAAGGCAUUUCAAUAUCAAGACAGUGAACGCGCAGCUUUCACCGAGCAGUUCAAAUAUCUCUUUCGUGGUGAAUUAAAAACGCUUGCCCUUUCCUCCCAUGAACCCACGAACCUAAAGAACAUGAACCUCAGAAUCACAACCACAAGAGAAAUAGGACCGAACCGGUAUCUAGCACAUGUCAGAGUGACAAAGAAUGGAAAGAUACGACUACCAAGAGAUCUGCGCACCCGAGUCGAAAGAAUCAUUGACAAUCUGGAUGUUUAUCACCAUUUGGUCAACUUGGGUGGAUUAGAUCGGGCGAUGUUAGGAGUCCAAGGAAGCGCAUACAAAGAUUUACUUCAUUGGUUUUUCAUUCUUUUGUUCAGAGACAAUGGGGAAAGAUGGCCGCUACUGGGCCAAAUCGAAGUCCCAUACAUACUCGAAAAUCCUGAGAAAAAGUUCCAGAGCGAAGCUCAGAAGUGUGUCUUGAACCUACUCACCGACGAUGGAAUACUUAACAGGGGAAGGGGUUUCAAGGCUGCGAUCGAACUAAUGGGAUAUUGGUAUGAAGACUACAUGACUGAAAUCCGCCGAAAAUACGAUCAAACAAAUGAAAAAUUACUCUUCAGCCAGGAGGUUUACGACAGAGAACUGCAGAAGGCAUUGUCACUAGCAGGCUUUCCCGCCAAAAAAAAACUCGAACCCCCCUACAAGCCAUAA